CUGAGUUCCAGUUGAUAACUGUAGAGUGAGAGAUAUGACAGCAAUUAGGAACAGGCACCACAGAAGCAAAGACUGCAGUGAGAUCAGCAUUUAUUCCAACCUCACAGGUUCCCCUUUCCUGUUUAAUAACGAGUUCAGCAUCAGAAUGAGCUGUUUGUGACUUAUGUAGGGUACCACUGGUGUCUGUGAUCCAGUUUUGAACACACCGCGAGUGGAGCAGAAACGCUGAGAUGUCAGGUAGCAGCGUCAACAUCUUCAUCAUCUUCACAAUUCAUCUGAGCUUCAUCCUCCACCCAAGCCAUGGCUUUGAGGUGAUUCAGCCAGACUACCAGACUGUAAACUCAGACCGGUUAGCUUCCAUCAGCUGUGAACACACCGCAAACGUCACUUCUGUGGAAGAUGUUCGACUCAAUGGAAUACCACUGACAGGCACUCAAAAAAAGUUGCUCUGCCAGAAGGGAAAGGAUGACUGUGAGAACAUCAUCAUGCAUCUAGAGAAUCCCAAUAAGUGUCUUUUCAUCAUAUUGAACAUCGGGCCAGAGGCCAUGAAAAUGAAAUACCAGUGUGAGUUCACAGUGAAGGAAAAUGGUCUAGAUCGCACCGAAACUGGGGCACCAACCACACUACUGCCAGGUGACAAGGAAGCGGUCUCUACACCUCAUCCUUCUCCUCCUACUCCUCAGUUUGAUCACUUGAGGUGGAUUCUGAUUGGUCUGCUGGCUCUGAUACUCCUGUACAGCUGUAUCGUCACCUCCUUCUACAUCAGACUGAGGUUAAGCAACGGAGGCCCAGAGAACUCCACCUAUGUAGUCAUGAGGAAAGCUCCUCUGCCAAGGAAUCCAGCUUUCGACGUUUAUUGCAGUUAGCAGAGUCAUCCCUCAUCACCUGCCUCAUGCUGGAUGUAAUGAGAUGGAAAACAUGGACAUCUCAGGAGGAAAUUUGGAACCAUUAUGAGACUGCUUUUCUCAUGCAGCUGGUAUUCUAGUUUCUAUUCUAUGCUCUAUUUAGCUUUGCAUCUCAUCUCUUACAUUACAUGAGUUUUAACAGCAGGGUGAGACAAAGACUGUUCGAAGAGACUGUUACUGUUAUCUCUGCUUUUACAGUUGUAUGUAAAUGACACCAUGGUAUGAUGCAUGAUAUAUUUUCUUUAUGGUUAUGUACAAUGAAUUGUUAAUAUUAACAUUUUCAAUGUUUCCAACAUCCAUCUUGAAGGAAACUAAUGCUUACACUCAGUGAUGUGUAUCUCUAUUUAUCUGCUGACUGCUACUUCAAUAAUUCUAUUCCAUUUUUUUCCUGAUUCAGAUUUUGUAUUACAAUUUAUUCCUUAAUUAUAAUAAUUUGCAUUAUUCUUUGUGUUUAUGCACUUGCACAUUAAAGUUUGAUAACUAUUA